UUUAUCUGGGGAUGCAGGUCCCCUCACUCGCUUUCUGGUGCUGGUGUGGACAGCCCCUACUUUGAAUUUGUCUGAUCUCUUCUCUUAUCCCCCAUGGAUCUGCUCUUCAUGCUGGCCCUUGCUUUGGUCAGUGGACAAUCUGCUUUUUUGCCAAAACCAGUAAUUUAUAUCAAUCCUCCAUGGACCACUUUCUUCAAAGGGGAAAGAGUGCUUCUGACAUGCAACGGAUUACAGUUCUAUGCACUAGGGAAAACAAAAUGGUACCAUAAGGGGAUAAUGCUCCAAGAAACCCCUGGAAACAACAUAAUAGUUAAUAAUCCUGGGCCAUAUAAAUGCAAGACCAACAAUUCACCCCUUAGUGACUCUGUAAACUUAAUCUUUAUUAGAGUUUCUUUGAUCCUGAGGAUUCCCUACCUUGCUUUUGAAGGAGAUAGUCUGAUUCUUCAGUGCCAGGAAAAAAAUAACGUAACUUUGACCCGUGUGACAUACUACAAGAAUAGAAAACCUUUCUCUGCUUUUAACCAAAACUCAGAUGUCUUUAUCCCACAAGCAAGUUUAAGUAACAGCGGUCUAUAUUACUGUACUGCAUUCAAACAUAUGUCAUGGAAGAUUAUAUCAAGUUCAGUGAAUCUGCACAUCCGUGAGUUGUUUUCACGUCCAGUGCUGAAAACAACAGACUCCCAGCCCAUAGAGGGGAGUCUGGUGACUCUAAGGUGUGAGAUAUGGAUCCCUCCAGAGAAGUCAAGCAUCCAACUUCUCUUCUCCUUCUUCAGAGAUCCCGGGGUCAUUCUACUGGGCCAAGCCAGAGCUCAAGAGCUCCAAAUCUCAAAAUUCUGGAGGGAAGACUCAGGACUUUACUGGUGUGAGGUAGAAACUGUGUCUCCUCGGGUCUGCAAACAGAGUCAACCAAUAACGAUGAGUGUGAGGAGAAUCCCCAUCUCUGGAGUCCAUAUGGAGGUGCAACCUCAUGGAGGGCAUGUGAUGGAAGGGCAGAAGCUGGUUCUUCUUUGCUCAGUAGUUGAAGGCUCAGGGGCCAUCACAUUCUCCUGGUACAGAGAGGGCACAGAAGCCAUUCUGGGGAAGAAGACCUUGCGCUCAUUGGUAGCAGAGUUUGUAUUUUCUGCUGUGAGGAAGAGUGAUGCUGGGAAAUACUACUGCACAGCUGACCACAACAGUAGCCUUAUUCCCAGCCAUUCUGUGAGCAUCACUGUGAGAAGGAAUGGAAGGGGCCCACUUGUGGCAGGAAUCACCACGGCCCUGAUCAGUGCUCUUGGGCUUACUACUGUUGCUCUUCUGGUUUACUGCAAGCACCAAAGGAAAUCAGGGGAAAAUUCUUCCACAGACUUGGCCAGCAGCCCUCCCAUCCAAAUGUCCCAAGAAACCAUGGAAUCAAAUGCACCCACUCGGUUGGAGCUGCAAGAAAUACAUAGUGAUGAGACUCCUGUUAUUGGAGAUGUGGUCUAUUCAGAGGUCUGGAGUACACAGCAGGGAAAAGAAGGUGCAGCAGAUGCCUCAGGGAAGCCUCCAGAUGACAAGGACAACUCAGUGAUCUACUCUGUAGUGAAGAAUGAAGAAGCUCAAGGAGACUCAACUGGAAAUUCCCAGACUGUGAAUGAGAGCAAUAGAGCUACUCCCACUGGCUUUUAAAAUGUCCUGCUCUCAUCACCAAUCCAUGAGCCGUGGGUUCACACUUGGCACAUUCUUUAAAGAUCUUCAAGGUCUGUUACUUCACCUGUCCUUUCAAGAUUCCUCUUUCAUCUAUUCCAUGGAGAAGCUGGCACAGUCAUGAGAAAAUGUAGGCAGGAGGUCCAGGACUCCAGAGAGAACCCAUGACUUUUCAUUUCAUGCUUUUCUGACCUGUGUCUGCUCUGUUGUGUUCCUGAAGGGCUGAAGACAUUGAAGCAGAGGUGCCUCAUUGGGGAAACUGAUAUAAAGGCACACCCAUAUAUAUACACAUAUGCACACAUAUAUUUAUAUAUGUGUAUAUGUAUACACUGGAGAGGGA